AUGAUUAGUAUUGCAUAUAAAAGACCAUUACAUUGUGAUAUUUUAAUUCCAAAAGGAAUUUAUUCACAAAAUAAUGUAAUUUGGGAUAUUUCACCUGGUUUUGAUAAUUUAUUUUUCUCUAUUGUUUUAUUCUUUUAUAAUGUAAUUCAAAAUCAAAAUGGUUAUAUUGAAAAUUUUAAUGUUGAUUUAUUAAAUGUUGGUAGUUUUAUUCGACCAUUAUUUAAUCCAAAUACUUAUAUAAUUAUAAGUAAUAAUAAUAGUGAUGAUGAUGAAUUUUAUUAA